CUCCUGCGCACCUCCAGACCUUCCUUCGCAGUCUAGCAAACCUGUAAGUCGAUUCCCUCCUCGUUGUGCCGUUGCCCCGCCUCAGCACGUCGUCUGCCCGGCCCCCCCAGCACAAUUGCCCCUCCCACCGAACGCGGACGGCGAAAUUUCAGACGCCAGCUCGGCGGCGGCGGCGCUCUGUAAUCAGCAUUCCAGCAACGACCACGCCUCCGCCAUCUAGCAUCUUCUGAGACGUCUCCCAGCACCUUCGUCUGCUCCUUGUACAUAUAUACAUAGCCCGCGCCCCGAUGUCUUCCUUUGUCGCUCCUCUCAGACGGACUCUACUCACCUCAGCCUCGCGCCUGCGUACUCCUGUUGCUUCAUCAGCUUUUAACGCAAAUCUCCGCAGACCCAUCUUCACUCCUCGCACUUUUACCACUUCUAUCCGCAAAAUGGGUGUCCACAACCUCCAGACCAAGACCGAGUGGGAUAACGCUCUCAAGGAGCCCGAGCUCGUCGUGCUCGACUGCUUCGCGACGUGGUGCGGCCCCUGCAAGGUCAUCGCUCCCCAGGUCGUCAAGUUCUCCGAGGCCUACCCCACGGCCAAGUUCUACAAGCUCGACGUCGACGAGAUCCCCGACGUCGCGCAGGAGCUCGGCAUCCGCGCCAUGCCCACAUUCCUGCUGUUCAAGGGCGGCGAGAAGGUCGGCGAGGUCGUCGGCGCCAACCCCAAGGCGCUCGAGGCCGCCAUCAAGCAGCACCUCGAGGGCUCCGCUUAGAUUGUGUGCGCCUUUGCUAAAUCCCCGAAACGGCUGAUAAUGGCUUUCUGAGUUUGACGCGGCGAUGGCGAUGGUGAGGGUGCAGAAUGGCUGGCUAGGAUCGUCGACUGGGUUUUUAUUUUAGAUCCGACAAUCCUGCCCUCCGCCAAUCAUGAGAUGG